AUGUCUGAUUUUACCAAAUACAACGUUUCUUCAUUGGCGUCUUGGAACGACGCUCUCAACCUGGACUUGAACACCCAGUUGGGUGCUUCGGUGUUGAGAACUUACAACGCCGAGGAGGCCUUGAUCAACCGUGAGGUGUUCAUCAAAAACUCCAACAAGGUUUUCAACACUGGCGUCAAAGUUCAGGGUGCUCCUGUCACCAACCAGAAGGCUAGUGGAAGAUGCUGGCUAUUUGCAAGUGGUAAUGUGUUGAGACUUCCUUUCAUGGAGAAGCACAAUGUCAAGGAAUUCCAAUUCUCCCAGCUGUACUGGUUCUUCUUUGACAAGCUUGAGAAGUGUAACUUCUUUUUGGAGAAGUUUUCUGAAUCAAUUGACUCUACCGCUGAGUUGGACAUCAACUCCCGUCUCAUCCAGCACUUGUUGGACGACCCCACAUGUGAUGGUGGUCAGUUCGAUAUGUUCAUCAACGUGGCUGAGAAAUACGGUAUGAUUCCUCACGAAUUGUACCCUGAUGCUUACUCGGCCACUGCCUCGAGAACUUUGAAUUUCUUGCUUAAGACGAAGUUGAGAGAGUUCGCUCAGCAUUUGAGAAAGGCCAAGAAGGAGGCUCCUGACUCGAUCGCUAAGUUGAAGGAACAGCAGCAAAAAGAGAUCUACAGACUCAUGGUUAUCUUCUUGGGUCAGCCACCACUCCCAGAUCAGGAAUUGGUGUGGGAUUUCAAGGACAAGGAUGACAAUGUCAAGAAGUUGACCUUCACGCCAUUGCUGUUCUACAAGGAUUUGGGCAUCAGCUUGAAAAACUAUGUUUCUUUGUUGAAUGACCCUCGUAACCCAUACGACAAGGUCAUCAACAUUGACAAGUUGGGUAACGUUGUUGGCGGUAAAGAGGUUUCUUACUUGAACAUUGACAUCGAUGAGUUGGCCAAGUACGCCGUCGAGCGUCUUAAGAACAACCAGGCAAUCUUCUUCGGUACCCACACCCCAAUCUACAUGGACAAGAAGAGAGGUAUCAUGGACGAGGAGCUUUAUAACUACAAGCUUAUCGACUUCCAUGCCGAUCAAGACAAGUCCAGCAGAAUUGAGUACAGACAGUCUCUUAUGACCCACGCCAUGGUCUUGACUGCUGUACACUUGGACGAGCAGGGUAACCCUAUCAGAUGGAAGGUUGAGAACUCCUGGGGUAAGGACUCGGGCCAGGACGGUUACUAUUGCAUGGACCACAAGUACUUCAAGGAGUACGUUUACCAGAUUGUGGUAGACAAGUCUGAGUUGCUGGACAAACAUCAAAAAAUCUACGACGAGGCUGCUGAUCCCGUCGUUUUGCCUCCAUGGGAUCCAAUGGGUGCAUUGGCCACUUUCUCUUAG